AUGCAGCUGCUCCUGCUGACGGCCGGGCUGGGCCUGCUCUCUGUGCUGGGAGCCCAGGGCCCUCAGCUGAUUCGCGCCCGCGCUCAGGAGCUUGUAGGCCGAUGGCACAUCAAACUCUGGGUGGGAAAUUUACCCAUUCCUGCCCAGAAGAGGAGCCACCCGCUGCCUCCCUUCACCUUGGCCAUGAACGAACUCCAGAAGCUGGAAUUCAGGAUGAACCUCACGAAACCCAUCGGAUGCAUUCCGUUCAAGUCGCCCCUGCACAUCGGACCCAAACCCGGCGUCUUCUACACCUGGUGGAGGCACUUCAUCUCCAUCAGAUUCCUGCCGGGGAAGCUGCACGCCAUCGCAUACUACAGUGAAAAGAGGGGCAGCACCCGCCUCAGGAUGAUGAUGCUCAUGGGCCGCAGCCUGGAUGAAGACCCGGAGGCCGUGAGGACCUUCGAGGAGUUCGCGGAGAGCAAAGGGCUGAACCGAAGCGACAUCGCCAGGCCCCCUCCCCUCGAAGCCUGUGAGCUGCCUCCAGACUCUUAG